CCGCCGCCGCAAAACGGGGCGGAACGGAGACGCCGCCACCCGGCAGCCGCCGGUCGAGGCCUUCCCGGGCCGAACGGAGCGGGAGGGAGGGGAACCGGAGGAUCCGGCGGAGGAAGGGAGCUGCGAUCCGUCAGGCGAACGGCGGGGCGGCGCGGCGAGGCGCGGAGGCCCCCGGAGGGGUCCUUCGGCGACGGGGACGGAGGGAGCGGGACGGCGCCGCGAUGAACCUGGAGCUGCUCGAAUCCUUCGGGCAGAACUACCCCGAGGUAAGCGCCCACUUUCCUACACCCCUUGUCCCUGUCCCCAUCCUGCUGCCAGCAGCAUUCGGCCAGACCCUGACCGCUCCUUCCCCGCAGGAGGCCGAUGGCACGCUGGACUGCAUCAGCAUGGCCCUGACCUGCACGUUCAACCGCUGGGGCACGCUGCUCGCCGUGGGCUGCAAUGACGGGCGCAUCGUCAUCUGGGACUUCCUGACCAGGGGCAUCGCCAAGAUCAUCAGCGCCCACAUUCACCCCGUCUGCUCCUUGUGCUGGAGUCGAGAUGGUCACAAAUUAGUGAGUGCUUCAACCGACAACAUUGUGUCACAGUGGGAUGUGCUCUCUGGAGACUGCGACCAGAGAUUUCGAUUUCCUUCACCUAUCUUGAAAGUUCAGUACCACCCUCGAGACCAAAACAGAGUUCUAGUUUGUCCCAUGAAGUCUGCGCCGGUGAUGCUAACCCUGUCAGACUCCAAGCACGUUGUUCUGCCCGUGGAUGAUGAUUCUGAUCUCAACGUUGUGGCCUCCUUUGACAGGCGAGGGGAAUACAUUUAUACAGGCAAUGCCAAGGGGAAGAUCUUGGUCUUAAAAACAGACACUCAGGAUCUUGUUGCUUCCUUCAGAGUGACAACUGGAACCAGCAACACCACAGCUAUUAAAUCAAUUGAAUUUGCCCGGAAAGGAAGCUGCUUUUUGAUAAACACAGCUGACAGGAUAAUCAGGGUGUAUGAUGGCCGUGAAAUUUUAACCUGUGGACGAGAUGGGGAGCCUGAGCCGAUGCAGAAGCUGCAGGAUUUAGUGAACAGGACCCCAUGGAAGAAGUGUUGUUUCUCUGGUGAUGGCGAAUAUAUCGUAGCAGGUUCGGCACGACAGCAUGCUCUCUACAUCUGGGAGAAAAGCAUUGGAAACCUAGUGAAAAUCCUUCAUGGGACCAGAGGAGAGCUGCUCCUGGAUGUAGCAUGGCAUCCUGUCCGGCCGAUCAUAGCUUCCAUUUCCAGUGGUGUUGUAUCAAUAUGGGCUCAGAAUCAAGUGGAAAACUGGAGUGCCUUUGCGCCUGACUUCAAAGAACUGGACGAGAACGUAGAAUACGAAGAGAGAGAGUCCGAGUUUGACAUUGAAGAUGAGGAUAAGAGUGAGCCAGAACAGACAGGUGCUGAUGCUGCAGAAGAUGAAGAAGUGGAUGUAACUAGCGUGGAUCCCAUUGCUGCCUUCUGUAGCAGUGAUGAAGAACUGGAGGACUCCAAGGCUCUGCUUUACUUACCCAUUGCUCCUGAAGUGGAAGAUCCAGAAGAAAACCCCUAUGGGCCUCCCCCUGAUGCUGUUCAGAGUUCUUUAAGCGAUGAGGGAAUAGGUUCUGAGAAGAAGAGGCAGUCCUCCUCUGAUGGACCUCAGGCACCAAAGAAGAAGCCCAAAACCACCAACAUUGAACUACAAGGAGUACCUAAUGAUGAAGUCCAUCCGCUGCUGGGCGUGAAGGGAGAUGGUAAAUCCAAGAAGAAGCAAGCAGGCAGGCCUAAAGGAUCAAAAGGUAAAGACAAAGAUUCUCCAUUUAAACCGAAACUCUACAAAGGGGACAGAGGUGCUUUACCUCUGGAAGGAGCAGCGAAGGGUAAAGUGCAGGCGGAGCUGGGACAGCCUUUGACAGGUGGUGCAAUCUCAGAAUUGUUAUGAAGACAUUCUUCCUUAUCUUCCCCUGUUCUUUCCUAUAUUGGCACCAUAAUAUGGAAAACAGAUGAAAUGCUCAGUCAGAAUGGACUGACUAUAAUAAGCAGCCUGAUUGUUCAUGGAUUCAGGGAGUGACUUUUAUAAGAAAUGAAUAUUGAAGAGGAAAUGGCCUUCAUUCUUCCUUAAUUGCCUCUUCAUCGAACAGUGUAAGAUGCUGACUCUCAGGUCAUGCAAUUUGCAAAGAGACUUAAUUGGACUGCCUUUGUGUUGUCAUAUAUCACUAUUUCUCAACUGAGCUGGUACCCAACACAUUGCCACUCCAGAGCUUGUCAACCUUUUUUUAAAGUAAUUUUUCUUGUUCCUGGAUUGAAGAAUACCUAAAGUGUAUGGUGUUUAUUGCUGAUACCAUAUGGCUUUGUAUCCUACAGACUUCCCUUUCUUUGCUGUUCGUUUUCAUUUCAGCGAGUUGUAGGUCCUUCUCUGCUGGCUGCGUUACCUUCUCAGCUUUUCUGUUAGUUCAGUGCGAUGUCUUCUAUGCUGACAUGCCUAGUGAAACGCUGCUACUGAUUAUGUGCCAGGUUUGAUUUCAUCUCAAGUGGAUAGAGACGUAAUGUGAAGAAUCAAGACACCCUCUGAAGUCCGCAAAAAAUGAAUCUUCAUAGAGUGGAUAUUUUAGACAUGAAGGAUAACUCUGCUUGUUGGGAAAGGAACAAAGGAGAGUAGCAGUAGAUAAAAUACUUGGUUUAUGUGCUUUCAUCUAGACUGUAAUAUGAAAAGCUGUGUUGGCAGUUUCUUUCCGUCCUUGCAAGUGUUUUUAUUCUGUUUCUUUCCUUUAAGAUGUACUACCAGAAACAAUUGGUUUCCUCCUUUGCUGGUGUAUGCUAGCAGUUACAGAAGAAGCAGAACCAAUAUUUAUCCUAACUGAAACUGUAUUUUUUCAGUAAUCCUUCCAAGACUUAAAGAUGAAAUGAAUAGCAAUGUGAUCGUGU